AUGAAGCUCGACUCCAGGGCGCCAGUGCCUUGGACCUGGACACUGCCGCUAGAGGUCCAAAGCCCGCGUCAAAGGGACGCUGCCGCGGACGCACCGCGCCAUGCAUCGCACACGGCGCCCAGCGAGCACGAGGCGACGAAGAAGGAUGACGCCCCCUUCGAGGUGCCGCCCGCUGCGGCUGGCGAGGGCGAGGCCACGGCAGCGCGGCGGAACGCGCCCGACGCGCCGCGCUCCGAGCGCGAGGCGGCCGCGGCGGUGGCGAUGCAGCUCGUCCGUUCCUCGACCGCCCAGGAGGGGGCGGCCAGCGGCACGGGGGCAGCCCUUGCACAAACGUUCUCGCCGCAGCCCGGCUCCAGAGGGCGCGGGCCCUCGCCGCCUUCGUCCGCGUCCAGGCGGCAGCCUCGGCCGAACGCCCCGCAGCACCUGCAAGCGGCCGUUGGGCCUUUCCCUGGGGCGUGCGCCCUGCACGUGGAGCUCGGCAGCCCCUGCCCCUCGCGCAAGCGCCGGGCAGACUCGCUCCAGGCACCGACCGCCCAAGACGGUCUGCCAGAGCGCUCGCCGCGCUGCGGCCGGGCAGCCGCGCGGACCGCUGCGGGCUGCCCGGGUCCAUCCGAAUCCGAGCGGCCCGCCGAACGACCACCCGCGCGCGAGGACGGCGGUGAAACCUCGGCCUGCUCGGAGGCGCGGCCCGCCGUGUCGCCCAGCGGUGCUCCUCCGGAGGCAGCCAGCGGCCUGGGAUCCAGCUCCACGGCAUCCUCCGCCGCUCCAGGCGCAGCAUGCACCCCAGAGGCCGCCGCGGGACACCGCGGCCGAGAUGCUCAGGAAGGCUUGGCGGCCUCGGGCUUGGCGCAGGACGUGCGGGAGCAUCUCCACGUCGGCUUGCACUGUUCUCCGCCGCUGCUACCUGCUGGAGCUGCUGCUCCACGUGCGCGGAUCCGCCCGGCAGAUGCUUGCGGCAGCGGAGGCCCUGAUGGUACGGGGGCCAUGGUUGCGGAUGCGUCGCCAGACAUGGAAGCGCGCUUGGCGCUGCCCCCUGCGAAGGCGGGUCUCGCCAGCCAGCCGACGCCACGAGAGUGCGCCGCGCAGGGCGACCGCUCGGGGGCUGACGCCCCCGCUCGGGGGGCCCCGGGGCCGCCUGCUGGCCCCGGGAGGGCGCGCGGCUCUCCCCCGCGCGCACCGCCG